AAGAUAUUAAAUACAACAAAACACCGUUAAUAAUUUUUUUUUUUUUUUUUUUAGCAAUGGUAAAAUAAUUUUAUAAAAUUUUAUAGUUAAAUAGUUUUCAAAAUUUUUGAUGAAAUGAAGGAUUUUCCAAAAAACUGGAAUAUCGACAUGGUGGAUACAGAAACAUUUAUUGACUCAAUGAAUCGUCUGAUGAACAGUGACAACGACAACACUUCCAAUAGUUCUACCGACGAUGCCGACCCGAACAAAAAUCAACCGUCGGAUAUGGACCAAACACAACUGUCAUACACAAACCUCAUUAACGACCUGCUCGAAACCCAUCCGAAAACCGAGUACGGACAUUUCGAAUCUUACGCCAACGCCAUGUACUGUAAAGACUGCCAGAUGAUGCUGCAACCAAAAUACGUUUCCCAAAUCCCGUGUAAGGUGCCCGAAUUUAUUGUGCAACAAGACGGUACCGUGACCUACGUACACGCUAAAUGCGAAAAACUAGACUUGACAAAAUACAUCCAUUCCAUAGCCAGUGAGUCUGGAAGCUGGGAAAAAACGUACUGGCAAGUUUGGUCAGAAUGCCAUUUCUUAUCUUGCAUUACGUGUAAAUUUUAUUAUCCAGUGAGGAACUCAGCCAUGUGCCAGUACCAUCCGGAAAGUCCCGAAUACUUUCCUAUUGGAAAUUUGGGCUUGGAGCAACCCAUAGGCCGCUAUCCGUGUUGUGGUGAAAGAGCUUUCCGAUUUGAACUUGUGAAAAAUCCUUUCGGUUGUAAAUUCCGCAUGCACAUACCGAAUAAAGAAAACAUAUUUUGUGAACGUAUCGUGAAAUUGAUGUGUAGUAAUCUGGAAUUUACUGUUGCAAACCCUCCUGCAUUAAAUCGUGAACAUAAAUUUAUGAAAUUCGUCAAUUUGGAUCCUGGAAUAAAAAGACAAAAUUAUCAACAUUGGUGGGUAAAAUUGACGUUAGGAGCAAAUGAUUAUACACACCAGCCAAUAAUUUCUUUGGGGUCUAACUUUCCAAACUGUCAGAAGAAAAAGAAAAAUUGGAAGGAUUUAAAUAAAAGGAGGACCAAACAUUUUGGUGAACUAAAGAAGUGGACAAACAACAACGAUAAACCAACAACUGCAAAUUCUAAGAGUUCAUUGAAUCUUAAAGAAAAUGUAGAAAUCAGCUCUCAAAUGUCGUGUGAAAAAUUAACCAGCACCAAGAAUUUAACAAGCCAAGGAAGUUUUUGGAAAACACAAUCACCGAUGACUUCCAUCCAGGAUUCACAAAGAGAACAAGAGAGUCUAUUCUUCGACCAAAUUACAGUAAGCCUGGUUAAAUCAAGAAAAGGAGAAAAUGGUUUACCCGGGACUCCUGACCAACCCUGCAGAGAUAGUUAUACGUUGAUUCGCGCAAAUAUGCUAGCAAAAAUUGAAGCAAACAACAAAUCCUUGAUUAUGAGAUGCACAAAACCGUAUCUUGACAAGAAAAAGAAAUAAUAUCAACUACACAAAUAUCCAAAAUAUUUUCAGAAACACAUGUUUUGAAGUACACAAUAUAGGUACUACAUUAUAUACUUUACACCGUACGCAUUAUUUUACUAUUUAAUGGAUUAAAAAUCAAAUUAAACGAUUAAUAAUAGGCGGUAGCACAUAAGGGAUAUUACCAAAAGAUUAUUUAUAAUUUUUUUGGAAUCUAUGGACAGUGGACACCAAAAUCUCAAAAUUAUAAAUUUGGCACACACACAUAAAAAGUUUUUUAUGUGAAAAACAAUAUUGGUUUGAAAAUAGUAUAAAAUGGCCAAGUUAUAUUUUACUGCUUCGUAUUCUGUAUGGUACAUUAUAUUCAAAAAAUUUUAAAACCUCUGCAAAUGUACUGUUGAGAAUGAACCACAACUUGGCCAGAAACAGUAAAAGAAAUAAGAAUUGAUGUAACUAUAUAUUUUUAUGAUAUUAGUUAAGUAUACUUUUCUACUUUGAAAUUUAAAACCAAAACUGUGACUUGUUUUGUUUUGAUACUAUGCUUGCUGUGAAAUGGAUUGUCAUGAUUUGAACAACAAGAAUGCCAUUGAUGGAAAAAUUGUUAUCCUGUGACAACAUAGAGAACCCGA